GCAGCGUUGCAAUAGGAUAACAUUUCAAAAAAUGCCUAUCUACGAGCCUGUUAUCCUUGGCGAAAAAACGCCGGUUAUAUUUGAUAUUGGUUAUGUUUAUACUAAAGCAUUGCUAGAUGUGGAUUUGCUGGUGAAUCCGGGCCCCGCUUUAUUCUUCCAACUAGGGCACAAUUGGUACAUUCUCCUGUAUCUAUUGGUUAAUCCAAAGGAGCGGCGAGUUGUAUUGGUGGAAAGCAUCCUGACUACAAAUAUAUUAAAGAAUCUUAUCGGAGAUGUUCUUUUCAAUCACUUUGAGGUUCCAUCGAUUAUAUGUGCUCCUGCUCAUCUCUUAGCUACCUUUACGUUAGGAAUAUCUUCUGCUCUUGUUGUUGAUUGCGGCUAUCAAGAGGCUGUGAUAAUUCCGAUAUGUGAAGGAGUUACUAUCCUAAGUGCUUGGCAAUCCAGUCAUUUGGGAAGUCAAAGGAUUCAUCAGUACGUCAAAUUAGAUAUCAACUUAGGUGAAGACAUUCUCGAAGAUAUAAAAGUACGUGCAUGCUUUGUAACUACCCUAUCCCGGGCUCGACAAUGGCAAAUUUGGUGUGAAUCUUCGGAAAAUGAAAACAAGGAAGAUAAAAACGUUGAACCUCCAGAAGUUGGCGAGCCGCAUUUCGUAUACGCCUUAAAUUCACUAAAUGGCGGACGUCAUCUAAACAUUCCUAGCUGCAUUAGAGAACUCGCCGCCGAGCCCCUUUUUACUUCUGAUAAUGAUCAUAUAACAAUUGCCACCAUGGUGCUCAGGAGUAUUUUAGCUUCACCAAUUGAUGUCCGCAGCUCGCGAACAUGA